CUUUGAGACGGUGUUUAUUUAUUUCAUGUAUGAGGCUUAUAAAUCUGUUAGCACAAAAAAGUUCAACUGAUUUUCAGAGUUUUUAAAAUGGCUGCUCUGAUGGAAAGAGGUCCGUACACGGAGUCAGAUUUGGUUUGAAGGCCAGAACCAGUCACCUACUGAGGUAGGAGGGAAAACACCUCUCCCUGACAACUGCUGCAGUACCUACCUCACAGUGACGUUGUGAUGUCGAAACCACUAUGAAUACUGGAGGCGCAGGCACUGAGCCUAAGUUCCGCCCUCUGCCACCUUUAGGCCGGAAGUCCGACCUCCACAACCCCAACCCAGCCUACCCUACCCUCCAGCCACCCCCCCCUCCAGCCACCCCCCCAACCCUAGCCGGAAGUGGACCCUAUAAACCAAGGCAUCUACUCCACAGCCAGGACCUUCACUCACUGGCCAAGGCACCCGUUCUACCAGACAAGACAUGGAUCCUUCCUGCCUCGAGUCCCACCCCACCCUAGAGUCUGACCCCGAAGGCCUAGACUUCAACUCUGCUGGCCAAGACUGUUUCUCUUCUGGUCACGAGUUCGACUCUCUCUACCAAGAACUGGACCUGGACUCUCUUAAUGAAGAUGUUCUUUCUCAGUCUAUGCCAGACGCCUUGACAGAGACCUCUGCAGACCUUUGUGAAUCCCGCUUGACUGCCGAACCAGAGGAUCUCACUGAGGCAGAGCAAAAGCAGCUCAAAUGUGAGCUCGCUAAACUGGAGGCAGAAAUUGUAAUGCUACGCCAAGCGCUGGCAGCCAAAGAGAGACGCUGUGUGGAGCUCAAGAAGAAGCUGGCCCUUACGGCCUUCGUGGGGCUGACGCAGAAUCUGUCCAAGAGCUGGCACGACGUUCAGGUCUCCAACGCCUACAUGAAACAAAAGACGUCAGCUGCCCUGUCCACGAUGGGCUCUGCCAUCUGCAGGAAGCUUGGAGAUAUGAAGAAAUCAGUCACAUUCAGAUCCUUUGAAGGUCUUAUGGGGACAAUCAAGUCCAGAGUCACAGGUGGCAGAGAGCUUGGCCAUGACUGUCUUCCUUCUUCAGCGGGGAGUGGGGAUGAUCCACUCCCAGUUUCUGGGAGUAGGGAUGAACCGCUCCCGGUGUCAGGGAGUGGGAAUGAUCCAGUUCUGGCAAGUAGGGAUGACCUACUUCCCUUUCUGGAGCCAGAAUGAGCUCCUUGGUUAACUUGCCUGGCCACCUAACCAGUGCAAGAACUCCCUUCCAUGAUCCCAACUGCAACUCUGCCCAUCAAAAACAAGUAACCAAACCACAAUGGUAAAGUGAAUUUAGGAAAUGGAGAGAGUCCGGUUUUGAGAAAAGCAAUCCCCGUUUGUACAUAGAUAUUUGCUACUGUUGAGAUAAAAAUAUCCAAUGUUUUGUAACCAGUUAUUUUACACUGAAGUUUGUAGAUGAAAUGUAUCACUAUACUAGCCUUCCUGGGGUUGGAUUUAAAUGGACAGGAGUUUGGUUCCAGAGGGGUUUUAGGCCAAAGCCAAAACUUCUUUUUUGGAAAAACUAGUGUACAAAAAGGGCAAAAUAGGUUUCUGUUUAGAUCCAGGAACAAAGUACGAAAGAACUACAAGUUUCCUUCCUUCUUUCCCUAAUAUUAGAAAGAACCUUGAAAGCUCUGCCUGGCCUAUGAUUUUUAUUUUUUAAAGGUGAUAAAGAAAACUGUUGUUUUUCUCUGAGGCCCUCAGAAAGGGGGAAAAUAUUAAUAGACUAAUUGGUACAGGAUACUAUGACUUUUAUAAAAUGAUUUUUUUUAAACUGCUAAUUAAGCAAAGUAGCUUCAAUUUAGGGAUUGUCAACUACUUUGGACUCAAGCUGAAAUUGCAACUUUAUUCUGCUUUGUGCUUUGUUUAUAAUCUUUUUAUAUAUGAAAAUGAGGGCCUUAUAAUUUAAUCCUUGUGGCCAUGUGUGUCUGCCACAGCAGCAUGCUACCUAUAAAAAAAGAAUAUUGUUUCUUUGUUCUGCAGCAAUUCCUAGUUAUCAUUUUCAGUUGAGAGACUGAAGGGAAAAGAGCAUUGCCAAAUUCAAGAAAGGUAAACCCCUGUCUUAAGUGACAUUUAAGACAGACUCUUGCCCCUGAAAUUCUGGCCAUUAUACCUUUGAAUGGACCUAACCGAUUGUACAUCACUGGUCACUUUGACCCCAAGUUUGUACUUGUUUAUAAGCACUUGUUUGUACUAAUCCGAAAUGAGAAGGAGACAAAACCCAGCCCUCGGGAUAUCAAGAUAACAGGACCCUGUAGGACAUGGUUUGAGUUUAUUCGAACUUUCUCAUAUCUGAUUUUCAUAGGAGCUACUUCUUUUUUUUCCUUUCUAUUUUCAACUGUCAGGAUCUGGCAGCUUCUUUCAUUCCUCCAGUAACACUGCCUGGAUUAAAAGCUUGAGUUUUAUAUUGGCUUUUAGCAGGGGUCUAGAGUCUUUAUUUUCUUGGAUAUAUAUAUUGAUAACAUCUCAUUGCCUAAAGGUAGUCCCUACAACGUAAUAAAGUGAUCCUGUUUUGUUGAUUUUUGACU